AUGACUUGCAACAUCUGCACAGCCUCGACUUGCAACAUCUAUACGGCAACGAGGAAGGUCAUCUACAACGAGGAAGGCCAUCUACAACAAGGCAACAUCUACAAUAAGUUCAUCCAGAGGCAUCCUUAUACCCACCCCAGCACCGCCCAGACUGCCGAUGCACCACCACCCCCGACAAAUGGCUGUAUAUCGAACGAGAUCGGACGAGGCUGGCCAGAUCAGAUCUUGCUUCCUCCAAAGGCGACUACAGACUCAAGCACCUGGCGACUCCGUACCUCCACUUUGGACAGUAUCAAGCGACGAACUCGAAUACGGCGGUUUGGCGGCGGCUGGCCGACGUGGUUGACCCGCGAGAGGAGGGAGAAUAUCUGCCGCCGCCCACCACCGCAGUAUGAAUCGACCCAAGACACAGCCAUACAAGAUCUGCCGCCUCACGAUGGGAGUUCAGAUGGUGAGAGAGGCGAACGCACCGCCGCCGGUUCCAGAGCUCCGCCAUUGCAACGGCUGAAAGACCUCACCUCCACCGCUAGUAUAUACAACUUGACGACGACGAUAACUCCUCCUCCAUGGUACCCUGAGCUUAUUGCCGGCGGUCUUGUCCAGUUCAUCCUCCCCAACCUUCGAAAUACCCAGGCGAGAGAACUGAAGGAGAAGAGAAUCAACAAAGACCUCGCCAACAUCCGCCAGAAAUCCAAGAGCGAGAAAUUGGAUGGCUACCAGAAGAAGAAAUCGGACUGCAAUGUCGACAUUGGACACACCCGGAAAUGA